AUGGUGUACCCAUUGCUAUUCCCCUAUGGAGAACAAAGCUGGGGGAUAGACAUACCUUUACAACUUAGGCCACAAGCCUUAAAAGAUUUAACAAAACAGCCACGUGCACCAAGAGUACGAGUCACCCAGAUGCAGUACUAUGGCUACCGUCUAUCCAUCAGAGACGACUUCAACGCCUUCCUAAAUGCUGGACGCCUAACGCAGCAAUACAUGGUAGAUGCAUAUGUCAAAACUGAGGCCAACAGACUCAGUUUCAUCCGGCAAAAUCAACUGAAAUUGAGAGUGGAGAAAUACUCAGGAUUGAUGGACCACUUAAAUGAAGCAGCCAAUGCAACAGGCCAAAUCCCCGGAAAGACAUUUAUUUUGCCAUCCUCAUUUCCAGGUAGCCCUAGAAACAUGCUCCAAAACUAUCAGGAUGCAAUGGCAAUUGUCAGAAAGUACGGAAAACCAGAUCUCUUCAUUACAAUGACAUGCAACCCCAAGUGGGAUGAAAUUGCGGGAAACCUAGAACAUGGCCAAACUGCUACAGCACGACCAGAUUUAGUGGCAAGAGUCUUCCACCUAAAACUGAAAUCACUAAUUGAUGACAUCUGCAAGAAGCAUAUAUUUGGCCCACCCACAGCCAUUGUGUAUGUCAUAGAGUUCCAAAAAAGAGGUUUGCCACAUGCACACAUACUGCUCAUCCUAGCAGAAAACUAUAAACCAAAAACCGAAGCCUCCAUAGACAACAUAGUAUCUACAGAAAUCCCAGACAUUGAAAAAACACCGCGACUUCAUGCAAUCAUUACAAAGCAUAUGAUCCAUGGACCAUGUGGAACUCACAAUCAGCAUUCAACAUGUAUGUCCAAUGAAAAAUGCACAAAAGAAUUCCCAAAAGAAUACCAACAACAGACUAUUGCAAACAAAAACGGUUACCCCAAAUACAGAAGAAGAAACACUGGCGAAAGCAAAAUGCAAAAAGGAAAACCAAUUGAUAACAGGUACAGGUACAACAGGUGGGUUGUACCGUAUAAUCCAUUCCUAGCCCUAAAGUAUAACUGCUACAUAAACGUUGAAGUCUGUGCUUCAGUUAAGAGUGUAAAAUACCUUUUCAAAUAUGUAUACAAGGGCCAUGAUUGCGCAAAAGUGGUGAUCCAAGAACAAGACACUUUGAACCAUGAUGAAAUCAAAACCUACAUGGAUUCAAGGUAUGUCAGCGCGCCAGAAGCAGCAUGGCAUCUAAAUGGAUUUGAGAUGUAUUAUCAAUCCCAUACAGUACACAGGCUAGCAGUUCAUCUCCCAAACGAACAAGCAGUAAUUUUCAACCCCGAAAACAUUGGCACAGCAACCAACAGAGCAGCAAGUCGUGAAACACAAUUGACAGCAUGGUUCAAAUUGAAUCAAUCAAACGAGAAAGCAAGAAACAUAUUAUACGCAGACAUCCCAUUAUAUUAUGUCUUUGACACUGCAAACAGCACGUGGAAAUUACGACAACGUGGUGCAGACAAAGUAAUCGGCAGAAUGUAUUCUGUAAAUUUACCAUCAGACCCAGAGCGCUACUGCCUACGCCUCCUACUGCUACAUGUCCCAGGAGCAACAUCCUACGAAAACCUCAGAAGCGUAGAUGGAAAUGAAUACCCAACUUACCAAGAAGCUGCCAAAACAAGAGGGCUCAUAAAUGACGAACAAGUGUGGGAAAGUACACUAGAAGAUGCUGCACAAUACAACAUGCCCAAACAAAUCAGAGAACUCUUUGCCUACAUCUGUGUCUUUGCAUCCCUCCAAAACAUGCAGGAGCUCUUUACAAAAUACGAACAAUACCUCAUUGAGGAUUAUGUCCAUAAACAUAUGCUACACAAUGCAGAGUGCACAAUAUGCCGUGACCUUGCCCUACAAGAAAUUGCCAACAUUUUAACACUCCACGGAAAGAAAUGCACAGACUUUGGCUUGACAUACACCAUAAAAAAUACAGAGCAGCUUACAGAUACAUACAACCAAACCUAUGAAAGACAAACAGCAGAGGUGAUGUCAAGAACCUUCAAUGAUGAACAAAAAGCAGCCAUAGAACAAAUAUUAGCAGCAAGCCAAAAUUAUGAGCUUGACCACUGCUGCUUUUUCUUGGACAGCCCAGGAGGCAGUGGAAAAACAUACUUAUAUAAAACCAUACCAUUCCCACUCCCACUCCAAACAUACCACUCCCAAUUCAAACUGCCAGUACCAAUACUUGAAAACUCUGUAUCUAACAUGCGCCUCAAUUCUCAGGAUGCUAAAAACAUAAAAACAGCAAAAAUAAUCAUUUGGGAUGAGUCAACGAUGGCACCCACGCAAGCACUAACAACAGUAGACAAACUAAUGCAAGAAAUCAUGGAGAACACAAGCCCAUGGGAGGUAAAAUCCAAUGACACAGAAUUCAGCAAGUGGCUAAUCACAGUAGGCAAUGGAGACACACCACGCAUUGAGGGAUUACCAGAAGACAUCAUUGAAAUCCCAGCAAGUAUAAUAUGCAAAGAAGAUAUUGUGAGACAAGUUUUCAGAAACAACGUUCAAGUACAAGACGUCCCAAAAAUAGCAAACAGAUCCAUCCUAUGCCCAAAGAACAAUGAUGUUGAGACCAUCAAUGACCAGGUGCUCAACAUUUUGGAAGGCGAAAAAAAUACUUAUCUGAGUGCAGACACCAUAGAUGACUCCAACGAAGAAGAUUCCAAAAACUACCCAACAGAAUUCCUCAAUGACCAAACACCAACAGGAAUGCCGAAACAUACCCUCACCCUGAAAGUAGGCGCAAUAAUAAUGCUCCUCAGAAACCUAAACACCAAAAAAGGAUUAUGCAAUGGCACCCACCUCAUUGUGAACAACCUAGAAAAGAAUAUCAUCAUAGCACAAGUAAUUACAGGAUCAGCAAAGGGAGACAUGGUGUUUAUUCCAAGAAUUGAUUCGGCACCAUCUUGCACAGACUUGCCAUUCACCUUAAGAAGACGGCAAUACCCAGUAAAAUUGGCUUUCGCUAUGACAAUAAACAAAUCACAAGGACAAACCCUGGAAAAAGUCGGAAUCUAUUUGCCUGAACCAGUAUUCAGCCACAGUCAAUUAUAUGUAGCCUUAUCCAGAGUCAGAAGCUUUACAGACGUCGUGGUCAGGGUGCUGGAAGGCCCAGAACAAGGAAGACUAAUAGCAGGCUCAGAACAAAUAUUCACCAAAAAUGUGGAGAGAAUCAUAACACGGCGGCGUGUAAGAUAUGCUGCUCGUUUUCAAAACAAACUAGACAAAAUAGAGCUCUCAGGCUUCGAGCUGCGUUAUACGAGGAGGCACUUCGACCGCCAACUCCUCGUCCGUCGGCGUCGAUGA